GGGAGCAAGUUGAAUGGCUGAUGUUUUCAAACACCUGGAACUUGAAGCUGCUCUUCCUAACUCUUCUUUCACUUCAAACCGGUCCGGAAUCCUGCCGAUCCUGCACCAUGUCCUUCAUUAAAGUGGACGAGAAGUCCGAUUUCCCCAUUCAGAACUUGCCUUACGGCGUGUUUUCCACACCGGAUAACCCCCGGCAUCGGAUUGGCAUUGCCAUAGGAGAUCAAAUUUUGGACCUAAGCGUGAUCAAAACUCUCUUCACUGGACCUUUGCUGUCACAGCACCAGGAUGUCUUUGACAAGCCUACACUUAAUGCCUUUAUGGGCCUCGGCCAUGCAGCAUGGAACGAGGUAAGAAGCGUCCUUCAAAAGUUGCUCUCUGCUGAUGAGCCCACCCUAAGAGACGACAUCAGUCUUAGGAGCAGGGCCUUCGUGCACCAGAGCUUAGCAGAAAUGCAUCUGCCAGCUGACAUUGGUGAUUACACUGAUUUCUAUUCCUCUUUGGAUCACGCUACCAACGUUGGAAUUAUGUUCAGAGGGAAAGACAAUGCUCUGAUGCCAAACUGGCUCCAUCUCCCUGUUGGGUACCACGGCAGAGCCUCCUCAGUCGUUGUCUCUGGGACCCCCAUCCGGAGACCCCUGGGUCAGAUGCGUCCCGAUGAGGCUAAACCUCCGGUGUUUGGCCCGUGUAAACUCCUCGACGUGGAGCUGGAGAUGGCUUUUUUUGUAGGUCCCGGCAAUCCUCUGGGGGAGCCAAUUCCGGUUCACAAAGCCCACGAGCACAUCUUUGGGAUGGUGUUAAUGAACGACUGGAGCGCACGAGACAUCCAGAAAUGGGAGUAUGUUCCUCUUGGACCUUUUCUUGCAAAGAACUUUGGAACUACAAUUUCUCCAUGGGUGGUCCCAAUGGCAGCCCUCAUGCCAUUUGUUCAGCCAAAUCCCGUACAGGAGCCCACGCCGCUGCCCUACCUCAGCCACGAGGAUCAGUUCACAUUUGACAUCAAUCUGUUUGUCUCCUUGAAAGGUGAAUCGAUGAAGGAAGCGGCUGUUCUAUGCAAGUCAAAUUUCAAGCAUAUGUACUGGACAAUGAAACAGCAACUGGCCCAUCACACCAUCAGCGGCUGCAAUGUCCGACCUGGAGAUCUGCUGGCUUCUGGGACAAUCAGUGGUCCAAAUCCGGAAAGCUUUGGCUCCUUGUUGGAGUUGUCCUGGCGAGGAACGAAAAAUGUUGACCUGGGCAAUGGAGAGACGCGCAAAUUUCUGCAGGAUGGCGAUGAAGUGAUUAUCACAGGUUACUGCCAGAACAAGGAAUACCGAAUAGGAUUUGGAGAAUGCAAAGGAAAAGUUCUUCCCGCUCUGCCUUAUUAGGUUUGCACCCAUUUCUGCAAAACAAGAAGGCAAAGAUGAGCAUUCUGUAUCAUUGUUUGUGGUAAUAAAGACUUGUAUUGCAGAUCUG